AUGGGCGGCGGCAGCCUGUACAAGUCCCCGGCCUGGGUCCCGUCUCCGUUCCCAGGCUAUGGUGGGGCGACAGUCGUAGAUGUGGGACUUGGUGACAGCUGGCAGGAUGUGGAGAUCUGCGCCCAUUUCGACGAGUUCGUAGAAGUCUUCGCCACCGCAACCUUUCCGGAGGGCCUCUCCACUGGGAUUCUCAAAGCGCCAGGUGUGGCAAGCGGAGCUCUCGCAAUUCAGCUCUCCGAAAAUCGCUCUUCUGAAGGCUUACAGCUGUGUGGCAAGCUGUCGUACUUGCCGGAGCGGCCAGGCUUCGAUCAUGUCCGUUUCCACGUCCGUGCGGAGCAUGAAGGUCUAGUCCUGGAAAGGGAAGGCGCGCUGCACGUGAGGGUGCGCGACAACCGCUCCCCGGUGGCUGGCUCUGCGAUGGCCAUCAGAACAGACGGACGGACUGGGUAUGCCUUGCUGGGUCACACUCCUUUCUUUGCGCGGGGCGAGCUCUCCAUCGCCAUCUGGCUGAAACCUGACUCGGUGGCUGGUGAUGCGAUCAUCGUCAGCCGCCACACCGUCACUGGCGCCAACCGGUUGCUUCUGUAUCUGAAGGGAGAAAACUACAUCUUCGCUUGGCGAUGUGGAGGAGAGAUUGCGUUUACGAGCUUUCCCGUGGAGCCGGACGAUAGCUACGUGCUGGAGACCGGGCUGACUGCCAAGCAAAUCCGGGCUGGACUAUUUGAAGCACAUCAUCUGGCGGUUUCGUUGAAGUGUGUCCCAUCAGGCGAGGAGUACCGGCUGCGCUUUGCGGCCUUUCGCAACGGCAAGCAAUUCGCAAAGUCGGAUGACAUCGGCCCAUGCGUGCCCGGCUGUGGCGUUGAAGAUGAGCUCAGCAUCACGCCAUGGGAGCUGGGUUCCGAGUACGACCCUUCGACCUCCGAUGCACAUUUGCCUGGGAUGUUUGUUGUGCCCUCGAACUUCUUCCGGGGUGCCCUCGAUGACUUCCGGGUCUUCCAGGCGGAGCUGACAUCGUCUGAAGUUGAGGCCGUCGUGUCGGGCCACGAGGUCCGGGAGAAUGAUCUGCUUCUUCACUAUACCUUCGACAACGACGAGGGUGCCUGUGAGUAUCAAAACCUGGUGCACGAUGUCGAGUGCUCAGCCCUCAGUGUAAAGACGGCUCGGACCAGCGAUGGUGCUUGGAACCGCUUCCCCUUCAUGGAAUCCAUGCUGGGUGGCUCCGGUGCGGUAAGCCAAGUCAAGUCGCCAUUUCCGAUCAAAGGUUCCGUGCUCCACCGCAGCAUGAGCGAGCGUGGCUGUGCGGAUGUCAAGCUGCAGGGUUCCGACGCUGAUGGCGAUGCACUCACAUUUAGCCUGCAUCCAUCAACGGGCACAGACGUCAACGCUUCUUUGGAGCCUACUACCGGCCUACUUCGCUUCUGUGACUUGCUUGGCGGCCGUCGCGAUGUGGACAUCUUCUAUGAUGCGUGCGAUCCCUUGGGCCUCUGUGCCUCUCAACAAUCGGGUCUCGGGCAGCUGGUAAUGCAUGUCUUUCAAAGUGGGCCCGAGAUCACAAGCUUCCAGCACUUGCCCGAGUCAAACGAGCUUCGGCUGGUCUUCAACAAGCCAACCAACAUGCCCGAUGUACACACACCAGCAGCAAUUGAUCGUUUACUGUCCUUCUCCAACAUGCCAACCGGCUCAAGUAUCAUCGGUGGCUCGUGGGAGGAGGGUGGGCAAGCCUUUCGCCUUGUCUUGCUCGGCGAAUUUUCCGAGCAGCUUCCGAUCGCAGUGUCCAUCAAUCCUGGUGGACAGCUUCGUGAUGCCGCCUCGACCACCUUUUCGAGUGAAAGUACUUCCCCGGCCUUGAUCAGGAUCAAGUGCUCAGAGGGGACGAGGCUUCCGCACGGCAAGGAGUCCUGUGAGGGCUGUGGGCUUGGGCGCUACCUGGCGCAGGACGAGCAAGGCCAGGCUACUUGCACCUCGUGCCGGCCCGGCAGCUUUGCCAACGAGACCUCGGCCAUCGGCUGCACCCUCUGCCCGCGCGGCGCGUGGCAAAGCGAGACCGGGCAGUCAUCCUGCCUGAGCUGCGAGGGUCGAGCUGCAGGCAGCACCACGGCCGAAGUGGCCAGCACCUCCUCGGACGCCUGCGGCUGUCCCGAGGACACCUUCCUGAUGCUGUCUGGUGACUGGCUUGUCUGCGUGCCGUGCGUGGAGGGUCUACAGUGCCCCUUCGGCAUGGGCCUCCCGAAGCAGGCCGAGGGCUUCUUUGCCAGGGCCCACCGCCUCUCAGCGGAUGGCGGGGCCUUGCUUGGCAUCCCCGACUUAAUCGCCUGCACCGAUGCCAGGUGCGCAGCCGGAGGCGAUCUCGGGACCUGCCCAUUGGGCCAGGAGCUGCUUGCUUGUGAUGGCUGCGUGCAGGGCUGGCACUGGGAUGGCGUGCGAUGCGAGCCCUGCAAAGCUGCUGACUUCGUCCCAAUUCUGGUCGUGUUUGCUAUUGUGGCUGUAGCAUUCUUCGUGAUCUGUUGGAAUAUGUCUGCCGACAAAUCGAUCUUCAGCAGCGAUUUCGCGACGAUCGUGGCGACGCUUGCCAUUUUCAUGACCACCACGCAGGCGUUGGGAGCCAUUGCAGACCUCCUCACUGUGCACGGCGACACAUUUCAUUUCCUGUUGAUGACUUUGAAGUACUUGAGCUUUAGCCCGCAGCUGCUUAAAGCAGAUUGCGUGUUACAGAGCAAUGACCCAGCACUUUCGUACUUGGUCUACUUGCUCAUUCUUCCCUGCAUGGUUGCGGCCAUUGCAGUAGCAGGGAAGAUCCGUGAGAAGCUGCGCGGGGCGCUGCGCUGGGCCACAGUCUUCAGCCAUCAGGGCUCUGUGGUGUUGGUGAUGUACCUGGCAUCGGCUCGCGCAGCAGUUCUUCCACUACAGUGCGCGACGAAUCCGGAUGGCUCUUCAUCAGUGCUGAGCUACAGGUCGGUGAUCUGUUGGGAAUCGCCGAAUCACUUUGUCAUGGUUGCCUUGGCAGCUGUUGGCAUGUGCAUCUUCACAUGUGCACCUUUGGCUGCCGUGUCCUGGGCGGCCUGGGUCUAUCCCACACGCAUUCAGAGCCCCGGUGGAACGGAGUUUCUGGAGAGGUGGCGAUUUGCUUUUGACCGCUUCUCCAUUGAGAACUAUGGCUACGCCGUGGUGUAUUUGUUCCGGAACUUUUUGAUCGCUUUGACGCCCGUGGUCUUUACCAACAGCCAGCACCUCCAGGUGUUGCUCCUUGCCCUGGUGAUCGUCUUCUGCCUCGCUGUCCAGGUCCGCCUUAUGCCCUGGCGCACACAAGUCUCCAACCUUGUGGAUGCCUUGGCAUCGAUCUCCGUCUGCAUCUUACUGAUUGGCAGUUCCAUGCUCUUGCUGUUGACUUCAGAAGGCACCGCGUUGCUUCAGACUUGGGUUCUCUUGCAGCUGGUGGCCACUCUCUCCAUCUUUGCCGCUAUCCUCUUUAUGCAGCUCCGGCGCAAGUUGAGCCGCAAAAGGCAGUAUCACGUCUUCAUCAGCCACCACAAAAAUGGCGCAGCUGCAUUGGCCCGAUGGUUCAAGACCUGCAUGCUCACCGAGAAGGGGCUAAAGAUCUUCCUGGACUCCGAUGACCUCUUGAGCGUCGAUGUGCUUUUUGACAUCGUCGCGCACCAGACCCGGAACUUGGUGUUGCUUCUUACCAAAGACUUCUUCUCAAGGCCGUGGUGUGUUGGCGAGCUCGUGAGUGCUAUCCAGUCCAAAGUGCCAGUCGUAUGUGUGAGAUGCCAUGACUGUGACGUUAUCAACACCGACCUGCUUGUGGAGCAGUUGAAGAGCAUGUGGAAAGAGUCGCACAAGGUGCUCUUGGCAAGCUUGGGCAUCUCGACUGAUCUUGUUGCCAAAGCCAUUGCCCACCUGCAACACCAGAUCAUACCCGUUCUGGAGCUUGAUCGGUCGGCCCUGGAGGAGGACCAGGUCAAAGUGGUGUCCGCCACACUCCAGGCUUGUAAAUUGAACGCCUUCUUGGGCAUUCCUGGCAAACACAGAGGCAAGUCUAUCUUGGCAACAGGGCCCGUUGCACACACCCGAAUCGUCUUGAUCUCCUCAUGGCAAGACGAAGCGCGAACCUGCUGCUUUCUGGUGCGGCGGAAGCUGAUGUCUCUCAUGCACAUUGGGGUCGAGGUCACAGAGGAGAGUCAGCUGCACCUUCUGGGUGACCGAACCCUGAUGCCCCAGUUGAGCUUGCUCGUCGUACUGCUCACGCAGGGAGUGUUGGCGGAUCCCUUCGUGGCCAACGCCUUGCUCCUGGCAGGAAAGACGCAUGCCGAGAUCAGCUUUGUCCCGUUGAUUGCAGACGGCAACUUCUCCUUUCCGGAUCCCAUGUACUGGGGAAGACUGACGUCAGGCAGGCUGAUUCCAGCUUCGCAGCUUCUGCCAGGACACACGUUGGAGGAUGUUCAGAGUGCUUACCAGCAGCUCCUGAAGAUCAUUGCCAUCCGCCUGUCCAUCCAGGCUUCUGAGGCCAUGCAGCACGCGGAGCUCCAGGAGGGCAGCCGGAAGUUGCGUGUGAUCCUCGCUGGUAAGGACCGGAUCAAGUCCACUCGCGACUACGAUCCGGUCAUGUGCACAAAGAUGACAUUGUAA